AUGGCUUCCGUAUAUACUAUACUCGUCCGAAUCCGAGCACCCUUCCAUCAUGGACUCGAGUCGUACGAACGUGAAAAGAUUGUCGAACAGUUUCUUUUCGAAAUCAUCGUCCUUCUUGUGAAGGUCCUUGUACCCGUAUCGGGCCACGCAACGGAACAUGUGGAAGUUUUUCGGGCCUAUUCGUUUAACAAGAUUGGUGAUGAAGUGGGAGAAUAUGUGUGGGACCCCACUCGCGAGCUCGGUGUAGACGAGCCCGAUUCCGGGGACUCGGACGAGGCCCAAGCUGGGGCCCAGCCCGAGAAUCCAGGCCAUGGAGACCUUGCUGUGCAUCUCAAGCUCGUACCGCUUGACCGUGCCGUAGUGCCACACGAAAGCGGCUGCAAUCACGAGCGGGACCCACCCGCCUUGGUCAACUUUAAAAAGCACGGCCGAGAAGUAAGUGCACUCGACCAAAAGGGAGAAGAAGGUGAAGAGAAGGACGAGGAGCCAGUGGCAGUGCCACACGAGUAG